AUGAUUUCGAGCUCAAGUGAUGUUUAUUCGGAUCAAUAUCAAAGUGAAUAUGAAAAUCUCGAAUUAGUUCGUCAAUUAGAUGAUAAUGAAAAAUUGAAAAAUGGUAAUGUUAAUAAUCUUGAAGAAUUAUUAAAAAAAUCUCGUCGAUUAAAUAAUUCAAAAUCUAUUCGUUUAAUUGAUGAAAAACUUGAAAAUUUCUCAACAAGAAAACGUCAAUCAAUUGAAAAUUUCAAUUUAUCAUGUAAUCAAUUAGGAUUAUCUAAUCAAUUUAAUUGGGCACAAUUACCAAAAAAUCUUCGAUCAUUAGAAUUAUCGGGAAAUUUUCUUUCAUCAAUAAAUGAAAUUGAAAAAGGAAAUAAUCAAUUAGAAAGUCUUGGCCUUUCAUUUAAUGAAUUAAAUCAAAUAUCCAAUGUAUUUUCACUUUCAAUAUGGCCAAAUUUAUGUUUGCUUGAUAUAAGUUAUAAUACGUUAAGUAAUCUAGAAGAAACAAUUGAAUCAUUAAAAAAUUUAUCAAAACUUCGAAUACUUUAUUUACAUGGAAAUCCAUUAUCAUUAUUAAUUGAUUAUCGUAUAUAUGUUGUUAAUUCUCUUGAAAAAUUAACUACUCUUGAUGACAUAACAAUAACAGCUGAAGAAAGAUUUCGAUCACGAACAUAUUCAAUUAAUGAUCGAAAAGAUAAAAAUUAUGCACUUUUUCAAAUAACAUUUUCUACUAUUGAAAAUGUUCCUAUACCACCGAUCAAUCAAAAUGAAUGGCCAUUACAAAUUCAUCGUUAUAAAAUGUCUCUUGAUUGGUUUGAAGAAGAUGACAAAAAAAAAGAUAUUGAAAUUCCAUUUGAUAAAAUGGCAAAUUUUAAAAGAUUUUUAAAAAGUCAAUUAGAAUCUUCACCUGCUGAACAUAAUACAAAUAUUGAUUUAUCACCAAAUACUUUAAAUUUAACAAUUAAUUCAAUUAUUCCAUUUCGAGAUUUUCUUUUUCAUGGUACAGCAUGUAGAUUUAUUCAUCAAAUGGUAUUAUUUAUUUUAUAUCAAAAAUUCUUUCAGAUAUUAGAACUUCAGAUUUGUAACACAUUCUAA